AAAUGCUGCGUACCAUUCAGACUAUCCGAUCACCAUGCCGACAAUCCAAGCUGCGGUUGUCAAACCAACUGCGCACAGCUGCAACAACUGCUAGCGGCAAGGCUGAGGGAACGAUUGCAGAUUCGUUUGCUUCUCUAUCUGGUCAGCAGUUUGAAGCACUGGAACCUCGCUUCGCCACUGUUAAAGAGAACCUCAUCCGAGGAAAUGAGCAAGCCGUCCAAGCAUCUUGGAACAGAUUGCUAUUAAGUUUGAAAGAUGAGGUUCAGGAGAUCAAGCGACUGGGCUCGUCGAUUGUACCGCAGAUAGACUUCAAGGAUAUCGACGCUUCUUCAGAGCACUUCAGCAGUGAGUACAGGAAACGUGGUGUUGCCGUCAUCAAAGGUGCAAUCCCCGAGGCCGAGGCAUUGCAGAUGAAGGAAGAUCUCAGGGAGUACAUCAAGGCAAAUCCUCAAACAAAAAGUAAGCAUCGCUUUCAACCAGUCAAAGACUUUGUACCCAAGCUGACAUACGACCUAAGGCUUCUCACANNACAGGUCUUUGAACUCUACUGGAGCAAAUCGCAAAUCCGAGCAAGAGGUCAUCCCAACCUGCUCAAAGCACAACAGUUUCUGCUCAGCUUCUGGCAUUCCAAAGACCCGAACGCAUUGUUUUCGGACACACCGAUAUCAUAUUGUGACAGACUGCGCAUGCGUGAGCCUGGUGAUGCAAAAUUUGCCCUCGGCAGAUGGGAAGAGACUGGUUACGGCAGAGGCAAAGUCUACCAGGACAUAUGGGAAGGUAACUGGGAGAAGUACGACCCCUGGGAGUCCAGCAGCCGCUUGCCAGUCGAGUCAGAUCUUUACCAAGGAGCCGGUGCUUGCAGUGCUUUCAGAGCAGUCCAAGGUUGGUUGAGCAUGUCUCACUGCAGUGCUUUCGAAGGCACUUUGCUUGUCAACCCGUUACUGCAGCUUGCGACCGCCUACUUCCUGCUCCGUCCUUUCUUCACUCCGCGAAACGGCGCCUCGUCCCAAGUGUCGGUGAAUGGAGCGUUCGAACAGGCGAACACCGAUGACUAUCUCUCUCCAGACAACUGGAAGCUCGAGGACAAACCAAGCUCGUGGCUGCAGGGAGCCAACCUUGGGCGUGGUCAGGAGCUCAACGCACUUCUUCACCCUCAUCUCCACUUACCUGAGACCAUGGUGCAUAUACCAAGAGUACAGCCGGGCGACUAUGUGGUCUGGCACUGCGACGGCAUACAUGCCGUUGACAAGAUCCACACCGGCAAGAGCGAUUCGAGCGUACUCUAUAUUCCUGCUUGUCCGCUCACGGAGCGCAACGCCGAAUACCUGGUUCGCCAAAGAGACUGCUUCUUGAGAGACUUCCCUGGAGGCGUUGGCGAAAGCCAGCACAUCGGGCGCGCGGUGCAAGAAGAUAUUUCGGCGGUGUCGGGGGUCAACGGUCUACGUGCCAUGGGCUUAGAGAGAUUCGACGAGGACGCCGGCCGCACCCCAGGAGAGAAGAAGGUCAUGGCAAGUGCGAAUCGCACUCUUGGUUUCAGC